UUAAAAUUAUCAAUGUUAUAUUUUGCUGGACAGAUAGAAAUUAAAAGGAACAAAGAAGAAGAUAACAACAAUUGUUGCGAAAAGUUAUACUCGUAUAAUGUAUAAUUAUUUUAGGAGAUGUCUGAUUGUUUCGACGAAGAUUCAUAGGAAACUUUCAAUGCAAGAAUCAAGCUACGAAAAUAUUUUAUCACCCAUGAUCAAUUACUAUGCGAAUUCUCAUCAUAUUUGGAAUAAUUUGGUGUAUAAAAAGUUUUAUUGUCAGAUUGCGAACAAUGAGAAGACUAAUGAGAUAAGUGUAAUGAAAAAUAAUGCGCAGCAGAAGCUUGAUGAAGUUCUUUCCAAUCUCGAAGACUUAAAACGUUAUCAAAUAUUAGAGUUAGAGAUAGAUGUAAUACGACAUGAUGCUGGGAAAGUUCCUGAAAAACUUAAACCAGAUGAUUGGUUGCUGUUGUUAAAACUACCGAGCAAAACACAAAGAAUAAAAUAUCUUUACUAUUUGUGGUGCAAUGAAACACACAAAAAAAAUCAGAAAAUGAAAAAGGAGUUGAAGAGGGCUAAAUGGCUUGCUGAGAAAGCAGAAGCAGAAGCUCAGCAGAAAGAGGAUAGUGAUGAAAUAAAAUAUGGACUCACAUAUAAUACAAUGUUUUUGCGUAUAAAUUCAACAACUAUGAACUAUUAUUAUAAUGCUAAAUUAAUUCAAGCCAUGAUGUUUGCACCAAAAGUUGUGUUUGAUUGCAGCUAUGAGAGCUAUAUGAGCUUUCGUGAAAUCCAAAAUUGUGCUAAACAACUAACUCUAUCUUUUGCUAACAAUCGUGCUCAUGUUGAUCCUAUGUGUCUUUAUUAUUGUAACUUGAACAAAGAUGGAUUGCUUAUGAAAUAUUUUCAACAAAAUAUCCCUACUUUAUUGAAUAACGAUUUUCCAGCAAUUGUGACAUCACAAUCUUAUUUAGAUUUGUUUCGGAAGGAUCAAUUAUUGUAUCUUACUCCACACUGUAAAACUGAUAUAACCGAAUAUGAUCCUGACACUGUAUAUAUCAUAGGUGCAAUGAUAGAUAUGCAAAAUACAAAGCCUUUAUCUUUGGCAAAAGCCAAGAAGGAUGGUAUUCGCAUGGGCAAAUUGCCACUAGAAAAAUAUAUGGAGUGGGGUCCUAGUUCAUGUAAGAAAUUUUCACUCAAUCAGAUGAUAAAUAUAUUAUUGGAUUUAAAAUACACAGGAAAUUGGAACAAAGCAUUACAGCAUGUGCCAAAUCGAAAGUUAAAAGAAUCCAGGGAAUAUAAGCUACAAAAGCAAUUGACAAAACAUUUGCAGUUGCAAAAAAUGGAAACUCAAGAAUCAUCCGCUUGAAUAAAAUUUUAUAUACAACAGUAAAAAACAGAAUGAUUGUAAAGUUGAUUGUAUAUCAUAAAAGGUAACUUUUGUAAUUAUUGUACAUAUGUAUGUAUACAUAUAAUGAAUUUUAUACAUACAUAUAUAUAUGUGUGUGUGUGUGUGUGUGUGUGUGUGUGUGUGUUGUGUGUGUGUGUGUGUGUGUGUGUAAUAUAAAUGUACAAUAAAUUAAUAAGUGUUAUUCUAAAUGAUAUUACAAAUUUCAUUCCUUUCGACUUUUACAUACACACAAGCACAUAUAUCUAUUUUUAAUUGCACUUGUUCUCAAUUCUAUAUCUAUAUAUAGUUUCACUUGUAUUAAUUUCUUGAACUUAAUAAAAAUAUUUUUUUAUUUUUUUUUAACUAAUAAAAUUUACAGAAUUAACAAUUUAAUAUGUAAUAUUUAAUUGAAUAUUAUGCUUUUUAUCUCUAUGCUUCUCUCUCUCUCUCUCUCUCUCUCUCUCUCUCUCUCUCUCUCUCUCUCUCUCUCUCUCUCUCUCUGUAUAGAAAAAACGACUAUUACUAUCCAUUUUUCGGAAAGAAAGUCAAAUAGAAUCUUUUAUAAUGUCACUGUGAUAUUUGUCUUUGCAACUAAAUUGUCAUCAUCAUAUUAUUUCUUCUUUUUUUGAUGUUUUAUAAAAACAUAGAUUUUGAGAUACAUGCAUUCUAUUAAAUAUAUCAGAAUCCAAAUUUUGAAUUAUGAACAAAGUGUAUUUAAACUUUAUUAAAUACCUCUGGCUUAUAUAAUUUCUGUUCGCAUAGACAAAGAAAUACGAUAAUCUCUAAUUUUGUUUCAUUCAAUUAUUUGUCCUAUCUAAAAAUUUCAUUCUUGGAGAAAACGAGUGUUAUAGUCUAAAAAAAAAGAGACCCGGAUGCUUUUUUUGUACGCGCACCCCAAAUGCUUGUGUCUUCAGGGUCAGUCAUGCGCGGUCGUUGAAUAUUCGAUGAAUGAACUACGUGACGUCAUUGACAGUUAAUGUAGUUAGCCAGCCGGUUGUAAUGCUCGUUCGUGACAGAGGGAUGGCGAUCCAUGAGGUGGCGCGUGCGCUUUGCUGUCACAAUGCAUCCGAAAAACACGGAUGCCAGCCACGGGGCAGGCAAGCAAGUAGCCAGACAGACAGACUCCAUCGUCGUUUUCUUUUUUUCGUCACUGUCCGUGUUUUCGUGUGCGAAAGGACAGCUACAAAAGGAAGGCAACGACGAGAAGAAGCUACGAAGAUGACGAUCGGAAGAUAUUGUCCUCGUGUUUGAGGAGAUUCCGUCACUCGCGCGCUUCCAUUCCCUACGAAUAAACGGUCACCGCCGCGUUUAACGCAUUCAUUUAGGUGCUGUCAGUGUGAUUCAUCCUGUGCGUUUCCCAGAGGAAUUUUAGCAUCUCCCGUUUUUCUUUCUCUCGGCGAAAGAGGGAGAGAGAGAGAAAGCGUCUGCGCUCCGAUCUGUUCCGUGUGUUCUUUCCGAUUGAUCGAUAGUACAGACCUGUACUCGGAUAAUUGGGUCGCGCGCGACUAACCGCGGCCUGAAUAACAGAAUUGUCACAUUCAUCUGUCAGAAGGAAAAAGUGUCGGAGGUGGAUUUUCGCCGAGAGAAAAGCCUUUAGCUCUUAUAGCGUGUACGGAUUUUUAUGUCUUGGGCCACCUCCACGUAUAUGAUGAAAUUGCAGCUGCUCGUUAUCGAGACGGAUUAUUGCUGGAGGAAAGCGCUGCUUAGUUACAUUACGCAUUAUCCGAUCAUCGCACGAAGAAUGGAUCAUAUAUCAUGGCCGCGUUCGUACUUUGAAGCGAUUUCUGAGCGGCAUUAAAGCAGCAUAUAUCGAUAAUGUAUUUCAUCUGCUUUGAAUAAAGCAAUAUUUUCAUCGUUAA